AGAGAAGAGGAAGUGAAAGAGUUAAAGGACGAAGACAAAAGACAGGAGGAGGUGGAGGGGGUGGAGGAGUUGAAGGAUGAAAAGAAAAGAGAGGAGGAGGUGGAGGACUCAAAGGAUGAAGAAAAAAGAAAUGAGAAAGUGGAGGAGUUAAAGGAAGAUGAGACAAGAGAGGAGGUGGUGGAAGAGUUGAAGGAUGAACAGAAAAGAGAAGUGGAAGUGAAAGAGUUAAAGCAUGAAGACAAAAGAGAGGGCGAGGUGGAGGAGUUGAAGGAUGAAAAGAAAAGAGAGGUGGUGGAGGAGGAAUUAAAGGAUCAAGAAAGAAGAGAUGAGGAGGUUGAGGACUUUAAGGAUGAAGACAAAAGAGAGGAGGGUGUGGAGGAGUUGAAGAUUGAAGAGAAAAGAGAGGAGGAGGUAGAGGAAUUUAAGGAUGAAGAAAGAAGAGAUGAGGAGGUGGAGGAGUUUGAGGAUGAGGAGAAAAGAGAGGAGGUGGUGGAGGAGUUUAAGGAAGAAGAGAAAAGAGAGGAGGUGGUGGAAGAGUUAAAGGAUGAAGAGAAAAGAGAGGAGGUGAAGGAGUUGAAGGAUGAAAAGAAAAGAAACGAGGAGUCAGAGGAGUUAAAAGAAGAAGAGAAAAGAAAUGAGGAAAUUGAGGAGGUGGAAAAAGAAAAGCAGCAGGAAGUGAAGGAACUACAAGGAGGAAGGAAGCAGGAAGCGAUGGAGGAGUUAAAGCUGGAGAAGAGACAGGAGGAAUUGAAGGAUGAACAGAAGGAAAUAGAUGAGGUAAAGUUAAUGGAGGAGGAGGAAAAUCAGGAGAAAGUUGAGUUAAAGGGUGAGAAGAAACAGGAGGAUGUGGAGGGAUCGAAAGAGGUAGAGAAAAAAGAGGAGGUGGAGGAGGCAAACGAGGAGAGGAAACAGGACAGUGAGAGGGAGAUACAGGAAGAGGAGAAAAGAGAAGAGCCAGAAGAGGUAAAAGAGGAGAGUAAGCUUGAGGAAGAAGGGAAACAAGAGGAGUUAAAGGAGGUGGAGGAAAUAAAUAGAGAGGAAAAGAAAAAGGAAAUAGAGGAGAGGGAGAAAAAGGAGGAAGUGGAGGUGUUAAAGGAGGAGGGGCAAAAGAAGCAAGAACCAGAAGAGUUAAAGGGGGAGAAGAAGCAGGAGGAGGUGGGGGAGUUAAAGGAGGAAGAGACAAGACAAGAGGUGGCGAAAGAGAAACAGAAGCAGGAUGCAAAAGAAGAGAAGAAUGAGGAGGAAUUAAAGGAGUUCAAAGAAGAAGGAAAGCAGGAGAAAGGCGAGGAGGGGGAUGAAGAGAAAAGGAAGUAUGAGGAAAUGCAGCAGGUGAUAUACGUUAAGGGGGACAGGAGGGACAAAGAGGAAGAGGAGGGCCUUAAAUGUUUAAAUAAGCUUUGUCCUCAAGCUGCUGAUGACGAAUCUGUGACAGACAGAGGGGAGAAUAUCUCUGAAGAUGGAAGUCAAAUCCAAAGAGGAAGUGAAAACCAUCACAUAGGAGAGAACCAGACAAAAGCUUCUGAGGAAAGUGAAAGAGACGGACUAGGACAGGAAGAAGAUGGUUUGGCCGUUUAUGAGACACAAGAUGUUGAUCUGCCACGUUCAGGAGAGAACAGAGAAGAUGGUCAGUCGUAUCCUGAUGAUCCAAAACACACAGAUCUCUAUCAGGAUAAUAAAACGGAGUCCAAAGAUGCUGAAACUAGCAGCAAUGGAAUUUCCAUUGAGAGGAAACCAGAGGAAAUUGAGUCUGAUCAUGAGACAGAAGAUGAUGUAGGGAAUGAGAGCUCUGAUUCACAGAUGAAUGAGUCUGUUGAAAGUCAGAUAUCUGAACACACUGCGCCCCGUGUGUCUGGAGAACCUGCUGGGUCCUCGCUACUCAACACGAGAGCAGCAGAGACUGGAAGUGGAGCAGCUUUUGGUCUUUUUAAAAACGCCUUUAGCUUUUUCAGCCAAACACAUGACACUGAAACAAAGGACGGCGUUGAUUCUGGUUUGGAGACAAACACAGGUGAGACAUCUCAGCCACAGGCCUCUCAGAUCUCUGAACAGGAAGUCAACUCAAACACUGAUUCGAAUCAGGUUUAUACACAGGAUCUUCCAGUCACCAUGGCCACAGAGCCGCCACAGCCUCGUCCUUCCUCUGCCGACAUCCAGACACCACCUCCGUCUCAUUCUCAUCCCCAUGCUCCGUCUCUGCACACACAUUCCCUCUCCAAGCACUACACAAACCUCCCAGCCUAUAUGACGGUGGAGGAGGUGACUGUUUUGAUGGAGCUCUUUGGGCGACACAAGCUCCAGUUUUUAGACUACAUGUUGGGAAGCUCCGAAACCGUGCCUGCAGAGCCUGACAGUGAUGAGUCUAUAUUGUCAGAUAUAGAAAGACUUCUGCAUCAUCACAGGGACACCCUGAUGUCUCCUAGCAUGAAACUUGCAGAUGCUCCACAGGAGGACAAGGAAAAGACUAAGACUCUCAUCGCUCUUCAGAAACUAGAGAUGCUGAUCUUAAGAGUGAGACAGACUUCCAGCACAGGAAAAUCAGACACUAACGAAGCCAAGGCCAACUGUGUUGGUGCAUCUUGUCCAACUCACAGCAAAGAUCAAGAAAGGAGCCCUGUGGACGCCUCGAAGAAGACAGAGGAUACUUCUGUAGCCGUGGAUAACAACAUCCAGAGUGAUGACAUGGCGGAUGUGGGGAAUGAUGGAAAAGAAAGGGAUGAGAAAAGAGGAGAGAAUAAUGCUGGAUGUGGGGAAGAGUGUCCUCAGAAUCAGUCAGGUUCACUGCAGUCACAGGAAGGAGUAAUGGAGCAAAUUCUGGACUUUGUUCAUCAGAUCGGUGAAGAAUCAGCUGCUCAUGUUCAUGCAGUGAGGGAGAGUCUCACAUGGACCGCACAGGUUGUGUCGUCACUGCCUGAUGACAUCAGACCCGGGCCAGACCUGUAUGGUGUACCGUGGGAACCGGUCAUCAUCUCCAGUUUGGUGGGACUGGUGACAAUGCUGCUGUUCACCUGUAGAUGUUAUAGCUCGGUCAAAAGCAGAAUGUAUCGAAGUAAAGAGAAGAGGAUGGCAGCACAGGUUGCAGAGCUGCUGGAUGAGAAGUGUAAAGUCCUUGAGACUCUUAGUAAAUGUCAACAAGAGUAUGAUGAACUGGAGGACUCACUCAGGGACAGUGGUGUGUUGGCCCAAACUCAAAAGACAGAACAUCUGGAGAUGAAAGCCAGACAGGUGGAACAUACUAAAAAGGAGCUUGAGAGGGAUCUUGAACAGCUGAAGGAUCAGCUAGACCAGCAGAAACAACAUAGGAAAGAACAAGAAAGAAAGAUGGCAGUGCUUGAGGAGAGCAUGGAAACAUUUGAAGAAGAAUCCAAAGACCUCCAGUCACAGGAAGAACAGGCACAAACUACUCUGAAAAUUUACAGUAUGAACAGUGACAGAUUACAAAGGAACCUGGAAACAGCUGGAGAGGAGAACAUACAGCUACAAGAGAGCAAUGCUCAGCUGAGGCAGCAGGUGGAGGGAUGGGCAGAAAGAGUCAGUGAGUUGGAAGCAGAGAUGCAGAGGUGUGAGGUCACAUACAGCGGGAUGCAGCAGGAUGUGGCCAAUAAGGAUGAGCGUAUAACGUCGCUGACAGACUGCCUGCUGAGGAUGAAGGCUUGGGAUUCGGAUCUGGAGGAAGAGGAAGGAGCAGAGAAGGAGACGCCCAAUGGUGCACCAGGAAAAGAAAAGGAGAAUGGAAGAGGGGGCAUAACGGACACACAAGGUCAUCUCCAGAAAGUCCAGAAGCUCAUUUAUGCUGCUAAGCUUAACGCCGACCUCAAAUCAGUAGAUGAAGACAAGGACAGAGUAUUUGCCAAACUGAACGAUGAAGUAAAAGCUAAAGAAGACCUUCAAGUGAGCAUUAAAGAGCUGGAGAGUGAGAAAUUAUCUCUGCACUCUGAUGCAGAACACUACUCGGAUCAGGUCCAACGAUUACAACAAAAACUCCAGAUUAUGACAGAGAUGUACCAGGAGAAUGAGCUGAAGCUGCACAGACUUCUGACAGUAGAGGAGAAGGAGCGCCUGCAAAAAGAAGAGAAGUUAAAUAAAGCUGACAAAAACAUUGCAUUGGCCAUGGAAGAACUCAACAACUACAGACAACGAGCAGAAGAGAUGGAGGAAGAGCUGGAGAAGUCCAAACAGUCUUACCAGACCCAGAUAUCAGCACAUGAGAAGAAGGCUCACAAUAACUGGCUUGCAGCUCGAGCAGCGGACAGAGACCUAACAGACAUCAGGAGAGAAAAUGCCCUCAUGAGGCAGAAGCUGACAGACACACAGUUUAAAUUAGACGCCCUUGACAAAGAUCCAUAUGCUUUGGACAGUCUGGCUAGACCAAUGCCUUUCAGAGCUGAGAGGUCACCAUAUGGUCCUUCUCCUCUGGGUCGACCAGCAUCUGAAACGAGAGCUUUUCUUUCUCCUCCUACAUUAAUGGAUGGGCCUGCUCGAUUGUCACCUAGAGGUGGCCGUAGUCUCAUGGAGCCCCCAGGCAGCCAUGGGGACAUGGAGCGGAGUGGAGGGCCUCACUCAGACAGUGGCUCAAUCUCUCCUACAUGGGACAGAGAUCGCAGGGGACCUCCGCCAGGACCCUCCGGGCCCCCUGGGCCCCUAGGACCUCAAGGCUAUAUGUUUCCAGAACCUGGAGGUCCCAUGUUCAGGAGACCUCCACCACCUCCAGGAGCUCUGGGCCAUUUGCCUCCUCCUGGGCCUCCCCAUCUUAGGGGGUUCCCUGUUGCUGGUCCACCAGGACCUCCACGCCCCACAGACAUGUCAGAUGGCUUGUAUAGAGAAAACAGCCUUGGACCUGGUGAACAAGAACACAGAGAGUCUGGUCCUGGUGAUCGAAGGACACCCCCUGAAGCAGACCCAAGGAUGGGGGGCCCUCUCCCACCUGGAGCCCCAAUGGGCCCCAUGGAUGGUCCCUUUCCUCGCAGAGCUCCCUAUGGACCCCCACCUCCUGAUUUCUAUCCUCCCAGGGGACCCGGGGGCCCUCCGAUGAUGCCUAGGUGGGCACCUCCACCUCAGGGGAUGAUGUUCCCUCCUCGUUUCCCUCCUGGUGGACCUCCUCAUCCUCCAGCUCCUCAUCCUCACUUUGCUCCCCCCAUGCGGACCCUUCCACCCGACGGCCUCCACCCUCCCUCCAUGGGUCCUCCUGCUCCUCAGCAGUCCCUCCCCUCGCCACCACACAGCCAGUCACCAGAAGAGCACAGACCCUCACCUGAAGACGCCAUUUGAUCCUCAGCAGGUUUCUACUCGAGCUGUGAGAUGAUGCAUUUGUGGUUCAAAUCAAAUUCAGUGGUGUGGCUGGUGGGCAGGUUGCAGUUUACCACUCUUGCAUAUUUAACAUAUUUAAUGAAUAGUGUUAACAGACAGGAAACAUCAGCCUUCAUCCGCCUGUUUUGUUGUUUGUCUACUUCAACUGUUUUUUUUCAUCCUUUUUUCUCUUUAUUCUGCCUUCUUUCAUUUUGUUUUCACCGCUCUCUGCUCCAUUGUCAUCCAGAUACAUUCUCAUCGAGGUCAUCCUCUUGUGGGGUGGUGGUGAAAGCAAUAUGCCUAAUCUGUAUGUCUGUGUGUGGGAGAAUGUUGCCACAUGAACUAGAAACAGCUUGAGCUUGGUGGUGUGACUUGAAACGUGUGCAUGUAUAGAUGCUGAAUGUGGCAGAGAAAAUAAUGUUUCACAAAUGGAACCAGUCAACUUUUCAUCCUGAUGGCACAGAAGUCUAAAUGAUCCCAAGCUGUUUGGAACGAAAUGUAAUUCCACAGCCUAAUUCCCUUUAUUUUAAUAUGACAACACUCUUGCAAUUGUCACCAUGAUUUUUAAAAUGUAGUCAUUUAGCAUCUGUGUUGUUGACCUGGAUUCAACUACACAAAAAUCGGAUCACACCAUGUCUUCUUUUCUGUGACUGGACUGAGCUGAUCGAAAACUCUCUUCAAUUUUCCCCCAGAGGUCAAAUGAGAGUUUUCUUAAAAUAUAAUUAAAGUGAGUAACUUAAUUUCACUGAGUUUCCUGCGGGACUUGGAGGAUUCUGAGCAGCAGAUGAGCAGUGCUUUUGAUCUUGUUACAAUGACUUGCACAUGACCCAUGCUUGAAAAAUAAUGUGACUUGUGUGUUUUGUUGAGGUUGAGACUCAUUGUGUAACAUAUUGGUGAAUAAAAUGGAGUGAUUGGAGGAGAAAGCAAACACCCAUGUGAAUUUUGUAAAAAGUGAUUAUUAAUAGAUGAAUAAAGACUGUCAAAUUGU